AUGCCGCCCAGGACGAGAGCGGGGGUGCAAAGCCAGAAACAAAAGGAAAAGCUUGCCAACUCCUACAAUGAAUUACUUGAGGAAUUUUCAUCCAAGGACCUUCGCAGCGUGGGGAAUUACUCUCUAGGAAGAUUAAUUGGAAAGGGCUCUUUUGGAAAGGUCUAUCUCGCGUCACAUAAGCUCACCAAUGGCUCCAAGGUCGUCCUCAAGUCCUCUAGCAAGGAGGAUACCAACCUCGCGCGUGAAAUCCACCACCACCGCCAAUUCCUUCACCCUCAUAUUGCGCGUUUGUAUGAGGUCGUCGUCACAGAGGAAUUAGUCUGGCUUGUGUUGGAAUUCUGUCCUGGCGACGAACUUUAUAAUUAUCUCCUCCGCCAUGGCCCGCUGCCCGUCGAGAAAGUGAAACGGAUAUUUACCCAGUUGGUCGGCGCGGUGGCGUAUGUUCACAGCAAGUCGUGUGUUCACCGGGAUCUCAAAUUGGAGAACAUCUUGCUGGAUAAACAUGAAAAUGUCAAACUGUGUGAUUUUGGAUUCACACGUGAGUAUGAAGGGAAGGCCAGCUACCUACAGACUUUCUGCGGGACCAUCUGCUAUAGUGCUCCGGAGAUGCUAAAAGGCGAGAAAUAUGCUGGUGAGAAGGUCGACCGCAUUCUCACCGAAGACCCCAUCUACAACGACAAGUUCACAGAUGAGGCAAAGGCGUUAAUCAAUCUUCUCCUCUCUAAGCGGCCGUUGAUUCGGCCGAGUCUGGAGGACAUCCUCUCACAUCCAUUCCUUUCUGAACACGCACCUGAACAACUCGCCAUCCUCAAAAUCCCCCAGCCUUCUCCAUUCACCACACCUUUGGAAAAAACGACCUUACAGCGGAUGAAGAGUGCCGGUGUCAACAUUGAUGAGGUUAUUGAGAACGUUCUGGCGCAACGAUGUGACCCUCUGGCUGGAUGGUGGGCCCUGUUGAUUGAGAAGGAGCAGCGGAAAGAAAAGAAGCGAGAGAAGAAACGACAGCAGCGAGAGGUGGAAGCGAAGAACAUGCGCCGUCUUAGCGCCGCGAGCAGUCGCUUGGAAAAACUCUCGGCCGCUUUAGUUGAAGUCGAUGAAGAAGGGCAUGCCAACUCGGAUAGCCAGCUGCACGAGCGCGGACGCCGAGAUAGGCGAAGCCUUCCUUCUCAACUUGCAGUCCCAGAGCUACCCUCGCUACCCGAACCUCUCCCUGUACGCACGCCAGAAGUGACAACUCCGUGCUCAGUCGACAAGGAAUCCAUACGUUCCAACUCGACAAUGCGACGUCGUCCUAUUCCCCCGCCGAAGGACAAGAGACGGUCCUCCCGGCCCAGCAUGCUACAUGUCAGUGCCUCGCAGCCAGAAUUGACACAACACCAUGGUAUCUUCCGACGCCGUACCAAUAGACGCCAUCAUCCGAUAAUCAGCCAGCUCGCACAGUUGAAACAUUGGUUUGCGGAAACUGCCAAACGCGCUCGCUCCCCCGGUUCCAAAUCGUCCGGGUCCCGCAAAUUCCUCUCCGAGAAAUUCAGCCCUGCGAAAAGCCAAGAUACUGGAAAGAAAGCUUCGUCCCCUUUGUCCGCGACUAAUAUACAACCCGAAGAAAUUGUAACACCUACGCAAAAUAAACGGAUCUCGGCGGCGAGUAGCUUGGCUCCCAGCACCACGUCCUUUAAAUACUGGCCACUCCAGUAUUCGCAGCAAUCGAAGCAAUCGCAACUCGCUGUCACCGUCGCCAAUUACGCCCCGUGGCUCAUACCGGCGAUCCUCGGCUGGACUGCGUGGACGGAAGUCGACAUCUUCGUCUGUGUCCUCGAUACGCAGCAUACAUCAUACUCGAGCCCAUUCCAAAGCGUCCUCGAUUUCAUCGAACAGCAUGGACACUGUCGCGACACCGACUGCCAGAAUUUCGAAGUCUCCGCACAAUUCCAUCAAGCAAUAUCCGACUUGUCCGUGGGCCUGGAGGUGCUCCUGAGAGAAGUUGUCAAUACUGGCGAAAUGCCGUCGGCUUUUAAUGAAGCUGCGCCUACUCCGCUGCUGUACUCGCCUUCUUCGAGCUUGGUCUUCGCCCGACGCAAACGAUCUGCCUUCAAGGGACCCAUGAUUCACACAACCAAUCUGACGGUGUCCAGCGGAAUGGUUCAUUCGCCUGUUCCUGGUCAGCCGGUCGAAGCCAGCCAAUCCCUCCCUCCUGUUGGACGACCGGCAGCGCGAAAGAGUCAAAUUAUUGAAGAAGAGGAAGAUGAUGGCUUUGAGGACGAAAUUGAAGAGGUCGAUGAGUUUGACGGUCCAGGGGAAGAAGUUGAAGAAAACGAUGGUCAGACUGGACAUGAUGAGACUCAGACUCUCAGGGAGAGCAACCGCUCUAUGAGAGAGGCUGAGACUGCCGAAGCCACAGAACCUAGUACCCCUGCGUCAACCCACAAGAGCGCCCUCGAGCCCGCGGCCGAACUAGAAUCUAGUCCGCUCCGACCUCCACGCUCCUCAUCACUGAAUUCCCCUCCGCCCGAGACAGCGGCAGCAGUCGCAGCAGUCCUUGCCAACAAAACCGCCAACGACGAAGCUGAAGCUCCUACUAGCCAAAGUGCCGAGGCAAAUGCAACUAUUGACGCAGCUCCUGCUAAGCCUGUCACCACUGAUUAA